CCCUCCUCCUCCUCCUGGGCUCCACCCAAAGGCAAACCCUCUCCUUGCUCUUGGCUCAGACAGACUCCUUUGCCUCUGACUCUCAGCAGCUGCUCUCUUCUCUUCUUUGCUCUUCUCUUCGCCUGGGCAUCAGAGAGAGAAGAUCAGGGGCCCAGCAGUUACACCGUGGGCACCAUGUCGGAGCGCUUCGACUGCCACUACUGCCGCGAGAACUUGCACGGGAAGAAAUAUGUGCAGAAGGAAGGCCGCCACUGCUGUGUCAAGUGCUUUGAGAAGUUCUGUGCCAACACCUGCGCCGAAUGCCGGAAACCCAUUGGGGCUGAUACCAAGGAGCUGCAUUUCAAGAACCGCUACUGGCACGAGAAUUGUUUCCGCUGCUUCAAGUGCUACACAUCCCUGGUGAACGAGCCCUUCAUGCUGAAGGAGAACAACAAGGUCUGGUGCAACAAGUGCACCACCACUGAGGAUGCGCCCCGCUGCAAGGGAUGCCUGAAGCCCAUCGUGGCAGGUGACCAGAAUGUGGAGUACAAGAAGACUGUCUGGCACAAGGACUGCUUCACUUGCGACCAGUGCAAGAAGGUGAUCGGCACGGCCAGCUUCUUCCCCAAAGGGGACGAGAUCUACUGCGUCACCUGCCAUGAGCAUAAAUUCGCCAAGACCUGUGUGAAGUGCAAGAAUGCCAUCACCUCCGGAGGAGUCGCCUACCAGGACCGCCCCUACCAUGCCGAGUGCUUUGUGUGCGCCACUUGCUCCAAGAAGCUGGGCGGGCAGCGCUUCACGGCCGUGGAGGACCAGUUCUACUGUGUGGAUUGCUACAAGUCCUUUGUGGCCAAGAAAUGCAGCGGAUGCAAGAACCCCAUCACGGGUUUCGGGAAAGGCACCAACGUGGUCAGCCACGAAGGCCAGUCGUGGCAUGAAUACUGCUUCAACUGUAAGAAGUGCUCCAUCCCGCUGGCUAACAAGCCUUUUGUCUUCCAUGCUGAGCAGAUUUACUGCCCUCCUUGUGCCAAGAAGCUGUAAAGAGGAGGAGGAGCAGCAGGAAGAAAAGCAAGCAACUGCCUUGCUGCCGAGUGGCUUUAGAGCCUUGUGCUUGGAUACAAGCGACAUAGCUGUCUGGUUUUCCAUUGUUUGCUUUCUUAGGAGGGUAAGGCCCCCUCUUUACUCACUCUAUCCCCUUCCCGCUGCAGGUGAUAUUAAAUAAAAAUGCCACCCUAAGAGCUGCCGCUAACCCUACUUCCUUGACAUCCUUGAAAAGCUGACUGAAGUCUUUAGGCUUCUGCUUUACAUAACCAAAUAUGCUUCUUGUGUCCGGGACUAAGUCCAGUAAUAUGAGGGUGAAUUCACAUGGCUGCUUGAAAAAAGAGGGCUCUGUCCUCCAUUUGUUGUGUAGUCGCAUUAAGCAAAGCCCUUGAACUGAGUUUAGGUCCUGUUUCUGAUAUUACCGAGAAUUUUAAAUGUUUUUGUUAGUUUUAAAAGCAGAUUUUUCUUCGGUUGUCUGUCAUUUACCUUUAAUUGCUGUUGUCCCAUUAUAUUUACUUCACACACCAGCAGAAAAUACUUCCUUUUCAAAGAAGCGAGGUCUUCUGCAUCUUGUCUGGAAAAAUUCCUGUUCCGCUGACCAUAUUAUAGGACAUCUAUGGAAGAGAUUCCAACUGUAGGGCCUCCCCGUUUUUAGAACAAAAAUUCUCUCCUUUGGCUAAUAAAACCUUUGCAUCUUACCUUUGUGCCAGACACUGGGGUCCUUCUAUCUCAAGGUGCUUUCUUCCUAAAAUUCAUUUUCCUCCACUACCUACUUAAGAGAUCGUCCUUGUUUUAUGAGACCAGGCUUCAUUUGGGUGCUCCUCUGUCAUAUUUUGGGAGAACAGCAGGUUAGGUUUCACAAUUAAGCUUGUCCAGUGUGAUAGGAAAAAAAUAGCUUGUUGUCUAGGGUGAAAAAGAAGCAGCCCUUUGACUCCACCCUGUAAUAGGAAAAGUUUGGUGCUUCCUUUAUACAUGCAUUCAACAUAAUCCAUACGUGGCAAUACAUUUCCCCGCUUUUCAUCUACUUAAGAGAAUGUAGCUGAAUACAUAAUACACAGCUUCCCUUAACCAGCGUGUAACCUUCAGGCUUGGCUACGGCUGACUUUAGACUAAGCCACCCUUAAGCACAUUUAAGAACCCACCGUAAUCCUUUUAGGUUUCCUGGAUUGUAAAAGCAGCUCAUUUGACCACUAGCUUUUCUACCCUACGACUGAAAUAACAGCUUUUUUGUGUACGCUUUUGACAACGUCUUUGCAAAGCCUGGAGCAAAUAGGGACGCUGUAGGAGCAGGGUGGCGUGGUGACACCCCUUGUGUUCUGCCAAAGCGUGUCCGCUAAUAAACAGAAACUACGGCUUAUCUGGA